CUGUCUACCUUAGUGUGUGACAGGAUUGUAUGUCAUGUGGGUAUCAUUUUACUGCAGAGCUAUUUGACACCCAGGUAAGGCAGGCACAUAUCUGACGUCAGGUGACCUGAGGUGGUAUUAACACACAGAACACACUGGUCCUCACUACUGCCAGUAACUACAGAACAGGACCAUGACGUUCAUCGCUAAGACCUUCUAUGAUCUGAAGGCCACGACGCUGGAGGGGGAUUCAGUAGAUUUCAAUGUGUUUCGAGGGCGGGUGGUCCUCAUUGAGAAUGUGGCAUCGCUCUGAGGGACAACCACCCGGGACUACAGCCAGCUCAACUUGCUCCAGAGCAAGUACCCUCACCGGCUAGUGGUCCUGGGCUUCCCCUGCAAUCAGUUUGGCUACCAGGAGAACUGUUCAAAUGGGGAGAUCCUGAACUCAUUGAAGUAUGUGCGUCCUGGAGAUGGCUACCAGCCUGGCUUCACUGUCUUUGAGAAGUGUGACGUGAAUGGAACCAACACCCACCCUGUCUUUGCCUAUUUGAAAGACAAACUUCCCUAUCCUGAUGAUGAUCCACACACCCUCAUCCAGGAUCCUAAAUUCCUCAUCUGGAGUCCCAUCAGCAGGACAGACAUCUCUUGGAAUUUUGAGAAAUUCCUGGUUGGGCCAGAGGGAGAGCCCUUUAAACGGUAUAGCAAAAAAUUUGAGACCAUCAACAUCGAGCCUGACAUACAAAGACUGUUGAGACUAACCAAGACCUGAAAAUAGCAUGGAAAUGUUCUCCUUGUGUACUAUUCUUUCUACUACUCAAAUGACUUCACAUCUAUGAUAGACAGGAAAUUUUAUGGUGUCGUCCAUCCUUUUGAGCUUUACUAAAUGAGGGUAAUAUUCUAAAAACCUGGGAAUAUUAUCUGAGGCCGUGUAAUUGCUCAAGAGUUGUGGGUUAUGCCUUGAUAAGUCUUCUUGCUCAUGUAAUAAAAAGAAAGCAUCAGCUAUAUUUUUGUAGGUCCUCAAGAAUUGAUCCUGACCUUUAGUAAACCCUCUCCUCUCUCUGUCUCUAUGCUGGCCAGCAGGUGGUGCCACUAACUUGAUUUUGGAUUAGAUUUUUGCCACCAACUCAUUGAGCUGUUUGUGAAGUUUUUCAGACAAAAAGCAAUAUAUAUAUUGUAUAUAUA